GAAAGCUUACAUAACGGGGCUGUUCGGUGGUCACAACUGUGUUAAGUAACCUUUGCUCAUUAACCCAACCAUGGCUUCCCUCUGGUAAAACCCUAAAUCUGCAAUCUGCAAAUUAUCAAAAAAUCCCGUAUCCCUUUUCUCUCCCCUCUCUCUCACUCUCACUCUCUCUCUCUCGGCUCGGCGUUUCCCCUCCGAUCUGCGACGGAGAGAAACCAUUUGAUCCUCCACGGACUGGGCUUUUGAUUGCUGAGGAGGCGAAUUUGGUCAAAGUUUUCAGCUUUUACUUUCUGAAGGUGUUUUCUCGAAUAAUUAUAUACAACGAUGAAGAACUCUGAGCGUAUAGCAAAUUUUGCUUUAGCAGGUUUAACAUUAGCACCGCUUGUUAUGAAGGUAGAUCCUAAUUUAAAUGUUGUCUUGACUGCAUGCCUCACUGUUUAUGUGGGUUGCUACCGAUCGGUGAAGCCAACUCCACCUUCAGAGACAAUGUCAAAUGAGCAUGCCAUGCGCUUCCCAUUUGUUGGAAGUGCGAUGCUUCUAUCACUGUUUUUACUAUUUAAGUUCUUAUCCAAAGACUUGGUUAACGCUGUGUUGACAUGCUACUUCUUUGUUCUUGGAAUCGUUGCUCUAUCGGCAACAUUGUUACCUGCUAUCAAACGUUUUUUACCAACGCAUUGGAAUGAUGAUGCUAUUAUAUGGCGUUUCCCAUAUUUCUGUUCUUUGGAGAUCGAGUUUACAAGAUCUCAGAUUGUUGCUGCCAUUCCUGGAACCUUUUUCUGUGCAUGGUAUGCUUCACAGAAGCACUGGCUUGCUAAUAAUAUAUUAGGCCUGGCCUUUUGCAUUCAGGGAAUUGAAAUGCUUUCUCUUGGGUCUUUCAAAACUGGUGCUAUCCUCUUGGCUGGACUCUUUGUGUAUGAUAUUUUCUGGGUAUUCUUCACUCCUGUCAUGGUUAGUGUUGCAAAAUCGUUUGAUGCUCCUAUAAAGCUUUUGUUUCCCACAGCAGAUUCUGCACGACCAUUUUCUAUGCUUGGACUUGGGGACAUUGUUAUUCCUGGUAUUUUUGUCGCCCUGGCUUUGCGAUUUGACGUCUCCCGAGGAAGAAAAAGUCAGUAUUUCAAGAGUGCAUUUUUGGGUUACAUUGUUGGUGUGGUUCUUACUAUUGUUGUGAUGAAUUGGUUUCAAGCUGCACAGCCUGCACUGUUGUAUAUUGUGCCAGCUGUUAUUGGAUUUCUGGCUGUGCACGUUAUAUGGAAUGGUGAAGUCAAACCGUUGUUGGAGUUUGAUGAGUCAAAAACAGCAUCUCAAGAAGGUGAUGAUGACAAAACUAGCAAGAAGGUGGAGUAAUUUUGGCAAGCCCAGAAACUGAAAACUGAAACUUUCCUGCUAAAAACCGAACCCGCCCCCUUCUUUUUUGGUCCUCCCUCUCUUUCAGGCUUCAUAGGCCUUAGAGCUUAUCUAGGCUAAUUUAUGCAACUCCACACUGUUGUAACAGAUUUUUCAUUGAGGAAGGAAAAUAAUAUUUCAUCUUAUAACAAGAGAGAGAUAGAGAGAGAGUUUAAUACGACCAUGCUAUAUUUUAUUUCUUUUACUGCUUAUUGUGUCACAUAUUGAAGUCGUAAAAUCCUUAAUUUAUUGAGAUAAUACUUCAAUCACUCAGAAAUUUAUGUAACACA